AUGGACUCAUUCAGCGGCCCAUCUUUCGUCGACAAUCUUGCCGACAUACAGAUUUCGAUGGAUGAAGUGAUCACCGAUUUGCAAUGGUUGAUGCUCGAGUGCUCGCAAAGAUGUAUGUCGGAUACUGUGAAAUGGGCCAGCGAAAUGCUCGAGUACUGCUCGAAUGAAGCUUACGAGGCCUACGAGAGCUCGGAAAGAACAAUCGAGAUUCCACCGAAUCCCUAUGAAAUCACCUACGAGAAUCGACAUGUGGUCUUUGGACGCUCGCUGAUGGCCUGUCAAGAAGUUCAUCGAGCUAUGUAUUUCUUCGAGAAAAGCAAAGAGAUGAGUCCGUUGAACAAGUUUUUGUACUAUUGGAGUCGAUAUUUGUCAUUGACUCAAAAAGCGCUUGAGAACGAUGCGGAGAUUUUCGAGAAACGCGGCGAACAAGGAAGUAACGAUUUGACACCAAUGGAACGGCCUGAGUAUGCGGAGAUGUCGGAAUUGCACACCCUUUUGCUCAAAGAGAAGUCGAUUCUGCAAAUGUACGCUAAGAAAGGAGGAAAACCACCCGUCGACAUCUAUAUGGAGUAUUUAACCGGCCGCGUCGAGUUGUCGUUGGGAAAUCCAGAGCUGGCACUGACACGUUUCCUAUUGUGCAUCAAAGAGGAGCCAAGAUUCUGGCCCGCUUACGAGUCGAUUCUUCAACACAGUCGCAACGAGAAACAACUGAGAGACGUGAUCGGACAAUUCUUGGAAUCAACCAGCACACAUUGGUUACAGCAUGUUUAUGAAGUUUUUGCGCUCGCCAAAUUGAAUCAACACCUUGAAAGUAUACAAGCAGCAAGGAGGCUUAUAAUGGGCGGUUUGAAAGCUCAACCAGCACUUCUCGUUCAAAUGGCAAUAUCAUUUCAUGAGAUUUAUGAAAACACUGAAGCCUGUGAACAAUUUCGAAACAUUGCCCAGAUUGAUCCACUGCGAAUCGAAGGAAUGGAACAAUACUCGAACACACUUUUUCUGAUGAAUAACAAAGCCGAUCUCUACAAGUUAGCCUAUCGUUUUUUGGCGACGCAUCGCUUCAAAUGGGAAACCUGUGUGAUGUUGGGCAACUACUAUGCGAUUCGAGGCGAGCACUUAGCGGCAAUCAAAUUCUUCGAGCGGGCACUUCGAUUGAAUCCAUACAAUGCACGUUGUUGGACUCUGAUUGGGCACGAGUACAUGGAAAUGAAAAAUCACUCGGCUGCGUGUAUCGCUUAUCGGAAGGCUUCAACAAUUUCACCAGAUGACCCAGCUCCAUAUUAUGGAUUGGCGACAAUGUACGACAUUUUGAAGAUGCACGCCUACAGUCAUCGCUACUAUCUACUGGCUUACAAUCUACGACCUAUGGAUUCGAGAAUGUUGAUUGGAUUGGCGGAGUCGUACUUAAAAUUGAACAAGAUCGACGAUGCGAAGAAAUGCUUCCUCAAAGCUUUUCAAGUGGGCGAUGUUGAGGGAACGGCUCUGUUAGCGUUAGGGAAAAUCUACGAUAAAUUGGAGGAUUCAAAUCGAGCCGUGCAAGCAUUCCAGAAGUACCUCGUCUUGUAUGUAAAGGUUGCUCCCGAACAAAACCUGGCCACAGCAGCCAUCUACUUGGCGCGUUUCUUUUUGAGGAAGAAGAAGUUCGAUCUUUCGUAUGGCUACGCGAUGCAGUGUCUCGAUUAUGAAAUGACAAGAGAUGAGGGUCGUAAUCUGAUGAUCGAUGCGAAUCAGAUGAAAGCCGAGCAACUCCGAGCUAGCACCUCACAACCGUCAACACCAGCUGUUCAGCAUAAUCUUUCCACCGCGGACAUGGUUAUCGAUGAGGAUGACGAGCCAAGUUUUGAAGAC